CUACAAAGCCCUGAAGAUCUUGAAAGGCUCUACUAUGAAAUUCAUUUGCUCAAGACAUUGAAACACCACAACAUUAUGAAGUUUUACACUUCUUGGGUUGAUACUGCAAACAGGAACAUCAAUUUUGUCACUGAAAUGUUCACUUCUGGGACUCUAAAACAGUAUAGGCAAAAGCACAAGCGAGUCAACAUUAGAGCAGUGAAGCAUUGGUGCAGACAGAUCUUGAAAGGUCUUCUCUAUCUUCAUAGCCAUGACCCACCAGUCAUCCACAGAGAUCUCAAGUGUGACAACAUUUUUAUCAAUGGCAACCAAGGGGAAGUGAAAAUCGGUGAUCUUGGCCUUGCGGCGAUUCUUCGAAAAUCCCAUGCUGCUCACUGUGUUGGGACACCAGAGUUCAUGGCUCCAGAAGUAUAUGCUGAGGAGUACAAUGAAUUGGUUGAUAUUUAUUCUUUUGGGAUGUGCAUCUUGGAAAUGAUCACCUUUGAAUAUCCCUAUAGUGAAUGCACUCAUCCUGCUCAGAUCUACAAGAAAGUUAUCUCUGGGAAAAAACCAGAUGCCUUGUACAAAGUGAAAGAACCAGAGGUGAGGCAAUUUGUUGAGAAAUGCUUGGCCACCGUGUCACAAAGGCUCUCUGCGAGGGAGCUUUUGAAUGACCCUUUUCUCCAAAUUGAUGAUUGUGAAUUGGGUUUAAAAUCGAUAGAGUGCCGUGGAGAAACAGACUACAUGGACCCUUUGUUUAGGCAUCCUUAUCUUGAACUUCAUUAUGAAGGAAAAUCAUUUAGUAACAGCUCCUUCAAUGGCUACGCCAAUGGUGUUGUCAACUUUGAAGCCCAAAAUGAAUGGGAGCUCCAUUCAACUGACAUCAAACAAAGUGGAAUGGAACUAUUUGAAUACAAUGACGAUGAACAUGAUGAGCAUCCUGUUAAUGUUGAUAUAACCAUCAAAGGGAAGAGGAGAGAAGAUGGUAUCAUCUUUUUAAGACUCAGAAUUUCAGACAAAGAAGGACGCAUCCGAAACAUCUAUUUCCCAUUUGACAUUGAAACCGACACAGCAUUAAGUGUUGCGACUGAAAUGGUUGCAGAACUGGAUAUAACCGAUCAAGAUGUGACUAAAAUAGCUGAUAUGAUUGAUGGAGAGAUUGCUUCGCUGGUACCCGAAUGGGAGCCAGGGCCAAGAAUAGAAGAAACUCCCCGGUUUGCCAAUUUAAAUUUCUGCCACAAUUGUGCCUCCAAUCACACCUCAACUGGUUCCUUAAUGAACUUUCUGUUAAAUAAUCCAGGAGCCAAGAACUUGCAAAUUCUACAAUGUUCUGGAAAUGGAUGUGCAGCUAUGCAUGGCCGGUUCGAAGAAAUCACAUAUCAAGUUGAUGGACCUGAGAAUUAUGCGUCAGAAAGUGCAAAUGAUCCGACUUUAUCAGGCCGAGCCAAUGGUUUCCAUUUUCCGGAAAUUUGGGAUCACCACGAAAGCCUUGGAUGCAGUUCACUAGGCUCUGGAGAGAGUCAUACUGAUGAAGAACAUCAAUCAACUUCUAAGAGAGAAACGGAGCCCGAAGCCAUAUCUUGUGAAAGAAAUUUGAUCAAAUCUUUAUCGGGUACUCAUUCUUGUACCAAGAUUCCUGCAUCAA